AUGCUCUUGCGGGCAGGUGCAAAUGCUGACGACGACUCCCUCGAUCCUUUGUGUGCAGCAGUUGGAAAUGGCCACGAGGCAGCGAUUAGUCUUCUUCUGAAAUACAGGUCAAAGAUUAUCAAGGACACCAGUCCUUCGCCACUGAUCGAUGCCGUGACGAACAAAUUCCCCAACAUUGUCCUGGUCCUUCUCAAGCACCUAUGCAAUUGGAGAGAAAGUCUCAAUAGCCGUCGAGAUGUGCGGAUUGCAUUCGAGUACUCCAUCACCAAAGUAGAUGGGAAUGACAGUUUGAUACAUCUCUUGAACGCUGGUGUCGAUGUUGAUCUAGCAUCGGCCUCCAACCACAAGUCCAUGACCAUAACAGCAAUCGAAAAUGGUAAAUACUCGAAAGCCAGAAUACUCCUAGCCAGAGGCCCAAAGAUCUCUUGGGCCUGGGACCAUAGGGCAGUUACCAGGUUCUUAAUCACCAAAAGCACAUGCUCUGAAGACAUCUGUUUGAUUGGAGGACUGCUAGAUCUUGACUCAGUCGAUACCAGCGGUCUGACUCCUCUGGACUGGGCCGUGAAAAAUCAGUUUUUUGAAAUCGCCCAGCAUUUCCUAGACUUGGGAGCGAGGUCAAACGAGGAGGACUGGAGAAGGGGUCUUGCUGGGAACACACCACGACAUGAGUACCUGACUUUUGAAAAUGUUAUGGAUGUCAUUGCGGGAUACGAGGCACUUGAAUCCAUGCAGGGAACUCGAGCGCGAUAUAUUCCACGAGCCUGA